CGCUCUGGCUCGCGCUGCUGCUGCACAAUAAUCCAACAUGGAGUGAUCCGAGAUGGGGCUCGUCGGGGCCACCCUCAGCAACAUCAACGCACACUUCAACUAAGGGAUUUGUUUCGGAGAUACAUUGAAGCGCUUUUAAACGACCAAGCUGUGGGAAAUUGUUCGGGGUAUCUGUAGAGCUGUAUGUGUAUGUUUUUAUUCCAAGAUCCUCCAACAUCAGCAACUGGUUAGAUCCAGUGAAGAAAAGAAACGAAAAACCCAUCAAGACGGAGACGAAGAGAGAGAGAGAGAGAGAGAGAGAGAGAGAGAGAGAGAGAGAGAGAGAGCAAAACACUUCAACACCACAAAGAACAACAAAACACACUAACGUUAUAGCUGAAGGAAAUGUGAGGGAUUAUCUGGAUACGAGUGACAUAAAAAUGAAGAACGACACGAGUGCACCCGCUGUGGGAUUUUUUUGUAGGUGAAUCGAGAAAAAUGAUUGAAGAAACACACCCAAACGAUGACAGUUACAUCGUGCGCGUCAAAGCGGUGGUCAUGACCCGAGAUGACUCGAGCGGAGGCUGGCUGGCACAGGAAGGAGGGGGUCUCAGUCGGGUGGGUGUCUGUAAGGUGAUGCCUGCUGAGCUGACCGGCCGCAGCGACUUCCUCAUCCACGGCGAGCGCCUCAAAGACAAGCAGGUGAUCUUGGAGUGUUUCGUGAGGAAGGAUCUCAUUUACACAAAGGCCACGCCCACAUUUCACCACUGGAAGGUCGACAAUAAAAAAUGUGGCUUAACGUUCCAGAGCCCCGCUGAUGCCCGUGCCUUCGACAGGGGGGUGCGGAAAGCCCUGGAAGAUUUAAUGGAGGGUUCCACAACUUCCUCUUCAACACUCCAAAAUGAGGCUGAGCUCGGGGAUGACGAUGUGUUCACGACCGCCACUGAUAGCUCUUCAAAUUCGUCUCAGAAGAAAGAACAUCUGCUGGCCACCUCCACGUUCUACGAGCCCCAUCCGCAUCGCUGCAUCCUGCAGUACCGGCCGCCCGAGCGCUACAGUCUGGAUCAGAAGUUCUCCAGGAACCUCUUUCCCUUCGAGGAAGAGGAGAUCGUCCGCAUCAACCCGCGCGAGCGCUGGCUGAUCACGGGCUACGAGGACUACCGAUACGCCGCCGUACCGGACAAGUUCGUCCAGGCCGAAGACUCGGACUCAUACGUUCACAUCGAAAAGAACGAACCCUUAAAGCAUGACUACAACUACCCGUAUGUGCCCAGCUCUGACUUCAGCCAGUGCGACCUCAAGAGCCACUGCGCGGGCACAGAGGGCGGCGUGGUGGCCUCACAGCCGCGGGCUUUUAAGCUCAAGGGCAAGCGGAGGAAAGAGGACGGUGAGCGCUCGCGCUGCGUCUACUGCCGGGACAUGUUCAACCACGAAGAGAACGGGCGCGGGCAGUGCCACGACGCGCCCGACCCCAUCCGGACCUGCAUCCACCGGGUCAGCUUCAUGUGGUGCGCGGACAGCAUGCUCUACCACUGCAUGUCCGACCCGGAGGGUGACUACUCCGACCCGUGCUCUUGCGACACCAGCGAGGAACGUUUCUGUCUGCGCUGGACGGCCCUGCUGGGUCUGUCGGUGCUGGCGCCCUGUCUGUGCUGCUACCCGCCGCUGCACAUGUGCCACCGCUGCGGCGUGGCCUGCGGCUGCUGCGGGGGAAAGCACAAAGCCGUCGGCUGAGCCCCCGCUGCCCCCCUCCCGAACAAACCCUACGCAGGCCCCUCAGAACGUUAGCACUGAGGAGGGCAGGAAUGGAAAUACCAGACACGGGCGGCUCGCCGGAGCUUUUCCUUUCGGUUCCGCAACGAAUUGGUGCAUUUAAAUGGCUUGAAAAACUUUUCCUGCUCUUUUGUUUUGGUUUUAUAUGAAAUAUAUAUAAAUAUAUAUAGAAAUAGAAAUAUAUGUUUAUAUAUAUGUGUUCUGUUCUUCCCCUUUUAUUGUGGAUGUGUCUUUGAAUUCCUUGUGAACGAAAUCGCCAUUCUUGUCAGGUGGCUCCCGGAGCCCACGUGUCACGCAUCACUUAUGCAGGUACUUUAUAUUUUUUACACUGAUUUUACUUUUCAAGAACUUGAAUCGCUUGUCGUUUUUAUGUCGCGUGUGCUUGAUUUCGCCAUCUGUUGUUUCGAUCUCGUGUCGGUCCAGCAAAGGAAGGUGUUUAUAGCUGUUUACUCUUCCCGAGCGGCUCCUUACGUGAACCGACACUUAUAUCCCAAGCCCUUUAACCAUUAAGAACAAUAACAAUGAGAUUAGCUUGAGACACUAAAUCUGUAGUUGAGUGGACCGGUUCGAAUGGGUUUUUAAUGCGUUCGAUGGAGAGCGUGUCGAUGCCUGUGUGUAUGCGUGCUUGUUGUAAAGGAAUGAUAACAUUGUAUCACAGCAUAGUAUUGUUGUUAUAAUAUUUAAGCCAAAUUUACAUAAGCUGCAUUGAGAGUAUAUGUAAAUACUGUAUACUCGUAUGUAUAUGUUUAAAAAUCAAAUUAUUGUAAUCAUCUUCAACAGCCACUGCUGGUCUACAGUUUCCUUAUUGUCGACGUAAGGGUAGCUUUUACGUUUAAGCAUAUUUGAUAUCCAAAGAUUAUUUUUGUCAUAUUUAUUUUCACGGUAAAUUGAAUCACCAGCCAAAGGGAGAGAAAAAACGUUGGGCAGAGACUCGCAGCCAUAUGGGAAAAGAUGAGUUUCCAGCAAGCCCACACUGCUUACUCUGCAGAAAUAUCCUUUCCUCGUUCACUAGUUUUGUCUUGUUGUCCAGAAAGAAUGUCUGAGCAAGAUACAAGGUAAAAUUGUGCACAUUUUUUAUUCGCCCUUUAAAAGAAACUGUAGAUAAAAUGUCUUUUUUCUUCAAAUAGAUCUUAUUUUCGUGGUGUUCGGAAAUGCAGAGCAAGACAAAAAUAUUGAUGAAGUAAAGGUUUUUUUGUAGUCUAUUUGAUUUUAUAUACUCAAGAGGGAAACACUAAACUUUUCUCCUUGCUGACAGAUGGCUCAUAAUUUGUCUAUAGAAAAGAAAAGGAAGGAAGGAAUUGUUGUCUCAAAGAUGUUUCCAACUCCAAUCCUGUUCUCAGAAAAACGGAAACCGAAAAAUAAGCUCGAUUUUAGGGUGCUUCAAAGAGGGACGUUUGCCAAACCGAUCUCCAGUUUCUUCAUUACAAUAAUGCUACUUAACGCCUUAAUUUUGUCUCACGAAAGCGAGACCUUAUGAGAGGACGGUAAAACCAAUCAGUGCUGUUUCUCAAAGAAGUAAAAAUAUUUUUCUAUCGUGUGAAAAGAGAAAAAAGAACAUCCCAAUGCGUAGGCCUUUAUGUUAAAUACAAAGAUCAUGCUCCAGUGUGGGAGUCAAAAGGCAUGGUACAAUCUGUGAGACAGCUCGUAUGCGUCGUCUCCGUCACCUCACUUCAUGGGUAACCAGUCACCUUCCCCAGUAGUGGUUUAUGCUUUCUCGGAAUAAAUCAUUGACCGACAGAGCGUUACACUGCAUAGAUAUUCAAACUGUAUGUGAGCAGUCACGUGAAUGUACAGCACGCAUCGAAAUGCCUGAAAUCAUGUUCUUAAAAAUAAAGGUUCUUUACAUUUUCUGUCAUUGUAGAUUCAGAACCGCAGAGUUCUGGACCAGAUGUUUUUUGGAUUUGAAUGUUAUAUUUUAUGUUCAUUUUGGCUCUAGUUCUUAUCUGUUAAAGUCAAAAUCGACCACAUUUACCUUCAUAAUGGACAUUCCAUAUCGCGCACAAUUCCUCUGUGCAUAUUAUUUCAAAAAAGUACAAAAUUGUGUCUGUAAUCUAUCAAAAUGUACUCCUCCCCUUCAACCUCCUGACUUCUGGUAUGCCUACUUUUCACAGUCUAAUCAAUUACGAAUAAUAAAUCCAUAUUUUUCUUGUUUAAUAUCCUGUUUUGCUUUAAAAUAUGUAACAGUAAAAUUGCUGUUGACUUUGAAAGAGUUCUUUAAAGGGCCAGUACAAUGAUGUCCAAAAGUCUGAGACCACCAGAGAAAAUGUUUGUAUGACAAAAUCUGACGAUUUAUUUCGGGAACCUUUAUUUUUAAGAGUGUAGAGAGGAUACUAUGUGUUAGACAUCUAAUGCCUCUGUCAUUCACUGGAGUCCGUAUGUGACGGGCGGCAGAGAGGAUGCAGACCUCUGCAAUGAUGUGUCAGCUGUCACUGUGUCCUUCAUUCACCACGUGUCCUUUCUGUAUCCGAAUCUGUCAGCGUCUGCAAUACCAGUGUCAUCCAAGCUCAGAAAAGAGCCGAGUUUUAUUUUUCUAUCUGUGGUAAUGGAACGUUAACCAAAUGCAUUCUGUCUGAACGACUGUCCUGGUGGAUCAUCCACACACAUUUACCUGUUAAAAAGUGCCUGAAGCGUAUUGUUAAUCUAUCUCCUUGUAUAUUAAAAACCGAAAAGAACCAGAAAAAGUCGAAAAUGAAACCCUGUUGUAUUGAUCAGUUUUGUUUUUUACGAUCCAAAUUUUUACCUCUGUAAAAAGCAAAAAACACUCAAAAAAAAUCUAUAUCAAGUGUAUGAUGUACAUUUUUAUUUCUAUUUUUUUUAACCGUUUCUAACAUGUACGAUCGAUGUAGCUCCUGCUUUUAGGAAAAGACGGGAUGGAAAGAAAGGACUUUGUAAAUACAAGUUGAUCAUAUCAGAGCUACGUGACGGCCUGGCCGCUGUGUAGAUCUACAUGUUUGUCAUAGGUCCCAAUAAAAAUGAAAGAAACCAG